AAAGAAAUGUUUAAAAUAACUUUUUCUAAAAAAAACACCCCGAAGCCUUUCUUUUAGGAAUUCUAGGUGCUGAAAUUCCAAGGGAGCAGAAAAGACUAUUUAUGUAUGCAACCACAGCUGCACGGAUGUUAUUGCCCCAGAGAUGGAAAGAAGAUAAAGUCCCUACCAGAGAAGAAUGGCAGAUUAAGUUGAUGGAUUAUGCUGAAAUGGCUAAAAUAACUGGAAGAAUUAGAAAUCAGGAAGGCCAAAAUUUUAAUAAGGAAUGGGGGGAAAUUAUAAUUUAUCUUAAAAACAAUUGUAAACAGCAAAAAUCAUUGGAGUGACGUCCUCUACUCAACCUCAAGCCACUCCUUCUUCCUCUACUCAACGAAGUUGCUGCAGCAGGGAACCAGAACGAGAGCUAACGGUAAAAGAAUGAUAAGCAAGAUGUUUUUGCAUCUGUGGUUCCUUUCCAUAUUCAUGGUUUCCUCUGGUGAAGAAAAUGCUGAGAAAAUUAAAGGAAUUCUGGGAGAACCUGCAACUUUCCUGCUGAACACUUUAGAAGAAAUCAAAAAGAUUUCCUGGGCUAGAACUAAGGAAAAGCAAGCUAUUCAAAUUUUUGUGACAGCGAUUCGACGAAAGGAUCCAGAAGAAAGAUGUGAUCUCACUGACCAAAUUCUAGCAUAUAGAGGGCGGCUGAGUGUCUCUAAGGACUGCAAGACGUUACAAAUCAAUAAUCUAAGUCAAGAGGAUUCUGGCCCAUACACAGCACAGAUCUGGAUAGCUGAUGACAAAGAUCCAAUAAGGGAAACCUUUACCCUGAUGGCAUAUAAGCGUUUAUUGAAGGCUGACCUGGAGAUUGUCUGUGACCCAAAAGAUUAUCGUGGUGGGAAUGGAACUUUGCAGCUGAACUGCUCUGCAGGCAGCUGGGAAGAUGAUGCCACAUUCAGCUGGGCCUCAGCCAGCAUGAGUGAAUCCACCGGGAGAUCUCUUGUCACCAGGCACAAUUUAGAAGGCAAUGAUUUGAACUUCACUUGCAAAGUAGAGAACCCUGUUAGCAAUGCAUCCAAGACAGUGUCUUUCCUGAAAAUUUGCAGUGAGCAUCAAGAGACGACACCUGGGAUGUUGCCCCCCCGGCAGACUGAAGACAAACCUAUUGGCAGCACCUCUACAGUCAUAUGGUCUAUCUCUGCAGUGGUAGUUGUAAUCGCCUGCGCCGGACUUUUUAUGUGGUGGAAGAAAAGCGGUUCCCACAGGAAACAGCUAGAUUCUGCACGUCAGUCAGAAUCCAAAGAGUGCCACACUGUUUAUUCUCAAAUUGAAAACAUUCCCCAGAAUUCCCCAUCGGAAACCCAACAGCGGAGAGGACCAAAGGCGAAAAAGGAUGUGCCCCAGACCAUCUACACCACAGUGCACCUCCCCAAACAGAAUCCUUUGCAAACAGACGACGAGAAGAUGCGGAGAACCAGAGAAAAGAGUGAGAAAACAAUUUACUCAGAGAUCACCAAGCCUCAAGAGUGCGAGGACCAGGACUCCAAGACAGUCUACGAGACAGUGAACAACCCAAGACCUCCUGAAACCACAGAGUACGACAAAAUUCUCUAGCAAACCACUGGACCAAGGACCAAGGGGACAAAGCAGUAGCAGAGACUGGACCACCAGAGUGAAAUAAAAAAUUUAAGGUCUUAUAUACAGUGGUACCUCGGGUUAAGGAGGAAGGCAAAACUAGAAGGAGUUGGCUCCACCUAUCAUUGGCUGUUGAGCUUCCUGCCUUCCGCAUCCCACUAGAUACCACCCAUCACAGCAAACCAGGGCAGCACCGCCACCAUAAGCAUC